GCUACCAGUGUAAUGAGACGAUGCCUUUGUAUAUGCUUGCAGUACACAUUAAGACAUGCAAGGUAAAACUCACCUCUGAUGAGUCUGGUGAAGAGUCCUCUGAUGAGUUAUGGGUUGUGGAGAACAAGUGCAAGGUGGUUUGUCCAAUUUGCACCAAAGAAUUCCCAGACGAUGAGAUCACAUUCCAUGCUAGCCUUUGUGGAGAGAGCUUUGAAUCUAUAGUGACUUCUGAAGCAAAUAGCAGUGGCCCAAGUACCCAUGCUCAAACUCCAGUAUGUAAAUCAAUACAAAAAUCAAGUACGGAAGAUAUAUUGGACUUCCUUGAACAUCAAGUUGACGCAACACAAGAAUUUAAGUUGUGUGUGGACAGAGAAGACCUUCCAGACAGGGGCAUUCUGCAGUGGAAAAGAAAGAAAGCUGCAUCUCCUGCCAGUACUCUGAAGGUGGUGUAUAUAGGAGAGGCAGGUAUUGAUACAGGAGCCCUUAGGAAAGAGUUUUUAACUGAUAUGGUUUCAGGUAUUGAAAACAGAUUCUUUGAAGGAGCUGGAAACCAGGGUAAAAAUCCCAAGUACUCCUUGACAGACCUUGAUAACGAGAACUUCAGAACUAUUGGUGAAAUAAUGGCAGUCAGCCUGGCACAAGGUGGCCCACCUCCUGCUUUUUUGAGAGGGUGGUGCUACAGCUUCCUCUGCACAGGAGAGACUUAA